AUGCUCUCCAAUCUGGUUUCCAUCGCUGUGGCCAUUGCCGCCGUCAUCGCGUUCUGGACCAUGUCCUCGACCUCGAUCUCACCUUUCACCCGCUCUUUCCCCAGACUCGUUAACAAGCGCAUCUGUCUAUUAAUCGCCCAUCCGGAUGACGAGGCCAUGUUCUUCGCGCCGACAGUGCUCGCACUCACCCAGCCAGAGCUAGGAAACCACCUGAAGAUUCUCUGCUUCAGCACAGGCGAUGCAGAUGGCCUCGGGGAAACCCGCAAAAAGGAACUCCAAAAGAGCGCUCUCCAACUCGGCAUCCGCGAUGAAUCCGACGUCUUUGUCGUCGAAGACACAAAACGCUUCCCAGACGGCAUGAAAGAAUACUGGAAAGAAGAAGACAUAACCUCCCUCCUCGCAUCCGCCUUCGCGCCUGACCUCGCUGCCAGCCUCAAAGGCAGCAAACCCAACCCGGACAAAGCACCCACCGCAACCAUCGACGUCCUCCUCACAUUUGACAAACACGGCGUCAGCAACCACCCGAACCACCGCUCUCUAUACCACGGGGCUUUGCAUUUCAUUCGCGUGUUGAUGAAGGAUAAAGCGGGCUUCGCGAGCCCAAUUACAUUGUACACUUUGACUUCGCUUCCAAUCUGGCGGAAAUACGCAGGUGUUCUUGAUGCGCCGCUGUCGAUGCUGCAAGGGGCUUGGAGUAAUCUUUGGACUGGGCUGACGACGAAGAAGAAAGCAGAUGUUGGUCCGGCGAGGCUGCUUUUUGUUAGUUCGAUUGGGGAGUGGAUGACUGCUCAGUCGGCUAUGGUGAAGGGGCAUCAGAGUCAGAUGGUCUGGUUCCGGUGGGGUUGGAUUACUAUCGGUCGGUAUAUGACUGUUAAUGACUUGAAGAGGGAGAAGGUUUAG